CCGUAUCCCACCAGGUGAAAUGCCAGUCCACGAAGACCAUCAAGGACCUGGGUGGAGUGAGUCCUCCUCAGAGGAACUGGAAGGGGAUUGCCAUCGCUCUGUUGGUCAUCCUGGUGGUCUGCUCCCUCAUCACCAUGUCUGUCAUCCUCCUGACUCCAGCCGACACUCAGGCAGGAAGUGACACUAAACUGACGGUGGAGGAUCUGUUCAAACCAGAGUUCAAAGUUCACGACCCGGAGGCCAAAUGGAUCAACGAUUCGGAGGUGAUCUAUAAGAACAGCGACGGACACGUGGUCAAAUUCAACAUCCUGACCAACGAAACGGAGAUCAUCCUGACCAACACGACCUUUGUCAAUUUCAACGUGGCCAAAUAUUCGGUGUCUCCUGAUCUGAAAUACGUUCUGUUUGCGUACGACGUCAAACAGGUUUACCGUCACUCCUUCAUGGCCUCCUACAGCAUCUACAACAUCCACACCCGGGAGGUCUGGGAGCUGGACCCCCCUGAGGUGGUGAACUCGGUUCUCCAGUACGCUGCAUGGGGCGUUCAAGGCCAACAACUGAUCUACGUCUUUGAAAACAACAUCUACUACCGCUCCCACGUGAAGAGCAGCUCCCUCCGGCUGACGUCGUCGGGAAAGGACGGAGUCGUCUUCAACGGGAUCGCCGACUGGCUCUACGAAGAGGAGAUCCUGCAGACCCACGUGGCUCACUGGUGGUCUCCUGACGGGGAGAGGUUGGCCUUCCUGGUCCUCAACGACACCCUGGUGCCCAACAUGGCGCUGCCUCGCUUCACCGGCGCCACGUACCCCCGAGGGAAACAGUACCCGUACCCGAAGGCGGGCCAGCCCAACCCGGCCGUGAAGCUCUACGUCGUCAACAUUUACGGGCCGACGCACACGCUGGAGCUGAUGCCUCCGGAGACGCUGAAGCUGCGGGAACAUUAUGUGACCAUGGUGAAGUGGAUCAGCAAGACCAGGACCGCGGUGAGGUGGCUGAACCGAGCCCAGAACAUCUCCAUCCUGACGGUGUGCGACACCACCACCGGCGCCUGCGUCACGAGACAUGAAGAAAGCUCUGAGCUCUGGCUCUCAAAGCAGAACCAAGAACCCGUGUUCUCCAAAGACGGGAACCGGUUCUUUCUGACGGUUCCUGUAAAACAAGGAGGACGAGGGGAGUUCCACCACAUCGCCAUGUUCACAACACAGUUCAGAGCGGAUCAAAACGAAGUCCGUCAUCUAACGUCAGGAAACUGGGAGGUGACGAAGAUCAUCUCGUACGACGAAAACACCGAUAACCUGUAUUUUCUCAGCACAGAGGGAUCAUCACGAAGACGACAACUUUACAGUGUUAAAACUGUGGGUCUGUUCCCACGAAGGUGUUUAACCUGCGAGCUGAACAAAGCUCACUGUUUGUACUUCGACGCCGACAUCAGCGCCACGAACCGGCACGUCAUCCUGCGCUGCAGAGGUCCCGGAGCACCAACUGUAAUUUUACACAACCUCAAUAAUUCCAAUUACUACGUUCUGGAGAGUAACUCCUUACUGAAGGCGGCUCUGAGGUACAAACGGAUCCAGAUGACGGAGUUCAGGACCGUUCCAAUAGAACAUUUUGAUUUACCUCUAAAGAUUUCGUACCCUCCGGACUUCUCAGAAUCUCGUCAGUACGGACUCCUGCUGAUGGCUGACAGCGCCCCCGGAGGUCAGGCUGUCAGCGAUCGUUUCUCCCUGAGCUGGGACUCGGUUCUGGUCAGUUCCGAUAACGUCAUCGUGGCCCGCCUGGACGGUCGGGGCAGCGGCUUCCAGGGUCAGAGAAUCCUGCACGAAGUCCACCAGAGACUGGGGACGGUGGACGUUCAGGACCAGAUCGCUGCAGUCGAAUACUUGAUCAAGUUUCCGUUUAUCGAUCGGACACGGAUAGCAGUGUUUGGAAAGGGUUACGGAGCGUACCUGACGUUAAUGAUGCUGAAGUCUACAGACAACCUGUUCAAGUGUGCGUGUGCCACGUCUCCGGUGACGGACUGGAAACUCUACGCGUCAGCGUUCUCGGAGCGGUACCUCGGCAUGCCGUUACGAGAUGACAGCAGGUAUCAGUUCUCCAGUCUGCUGCAGAACGUCCAGGCUCUCCGGGAGCAGACUCUGAUGCUCGUGCACGGCACCGCAGACGCUAACAUCCACUUUCAGCAUACUGCUGAGCUCGUCAAGAACCUGGUGAAAGUUGGAGCGAACUACUCGAUGCAGAUUUACCCAGACGAGGGUCACUUCCUGUCGCAGCCGAGCCGUCAGCACCUCUACGCCACGCUCGCCGGUUUCUACAGGGAGUGUCUAAAGGAGGAGCUGCUACCGCUGCCCGAGGAGGAGGAGGAGGAGGAAGAGUAAGGCUCUGUGGCUCAGGAUUGUACUGACACCCCCCUGAAGCCUUUUGGACCAAGUGUUUAUCCAGAUGUGGACACAGAGAGCAGCUGGAGCUCACAGCGUUUGUUCCCGAGCACUUCUUCGUGUGAAUGUUUAAAUGUGUUGAAAAGACGAAGGACGCCGCCGGGACUCCAGCUGGAACAAAGUUCUUCUGGUUCCAGGACGGUCGGUUUUCCCAGCAAAGCGCACGGAGGACUUCCUGCGUCGUGCACAGAUCACCACCACGUGCAUGGUCCUCACCUCGCCGGCGUCGGGACAACGACACAAACGUUCACGUUCGACGUUUUCUGUUGAAACCAGCAGAGAAAACGUUCAGCUUCACCUGAUGACAUCAUCAUCCUCCAGCACGAACAUUUGACAGUUUUGUGUGAAAACUUUGCAGCGUCACUCGUUCAGGAGCCGCCGUGGUUAAAGGGUCAACUGUUUUUAUUGAACUCGGGUUGUUUUAGAGCAGGAGCUCCGUCUGGAUGGAGAUCGGAGCUGGACGAGCGUUUUAAACUCCACCCUGUACCCGCUUCACCGCUCCAUCCGCCGGAGGGCUGAUCUGGACCAGUUGUUAGACCUGGACAGGGUUCCCUGCUCUUCACGAAAACAAAAGUUCCCGAGUAAAUCCUGAAAGUCCAGAACGCUCGUAGCGGACAGAGUCACGUCCAGAGAGGACAGGAAGUAGACUGUAGCCUACGAUACGUGCACACGGCCACAUUAAUAACAAACUAGAGAAUCUCCUGUGAAAAUGUAGUGAACGCUUAUUGCUGAAGAACAGCUGAAAUGUAGCUAAAGACGCAGAAAGAAGCUUAAAUUACCAGAAGGAAGUUGAGAGAGCACAUGUAUGUUGAACUGGGCUGAAAAAGCCAAAAUAAGCAUAGAAAUAGCUAAAUAGUAGGUGAAAUAACAGGAGCAGCAGAAAAGGCUGAAAAGAGCACAAGAUGAAAUUAACAAAGAAGUUAAUUGGGGCUGAAAGUAGCAGAAAUUACUACGAAAAGCUUGCAUUUAUCAGUGAACAGCUGAAAUUAGCUAAAAAAAUGCUAACAAGGUAGCUGAAAAAGUAAAGCUAGGUUACAAAAGCAAAAGAACACAAGUUUGCCCAAUUUGGCUAAAAUUAGCACAAAAAGUGGAAAUUAUCGUUAAAAAGCUAGAAUUGGCUAAAAGCAGCUGAAAAGUAGCUAAAGUUACCAGAUGAGAGAUCACAUUUACUGAACUGGGCAGGAAAAAGUUGAAAUGAGUGCAAAAAAUGUGGAGUUAGCUAAAAAAUUAAAAAAAA